AUGACCGACCCCCUCCCCUCCUCACUCUCCCACUUCCACUCCCUCCAAAACAACUGGAUCGCCUCCCUUCUCAACACCACCCUCACCACAAACGACUACACCGCCAUCCCUACUUUCUCGCGAAUCCCCAAACCCUCCGGCGAAGACCACUACUUCGCUUCCAGCCUAGCAACACCCACCACCAUCCCCCAUGUCCUGACUCUCCGCCGUCGCGAGCUCCCAACGCUCCCGACCGAAGUACCCGAUUGGCCCGCGCCAACGGCCGCACCCUCUUCCGCGCCCGCCAUUUCUCCGCCGGAUGUGAUUAUGUUGAUGGAUUUGAGUGCGCCGGGGAUCUGUGGGCAUCCUGAGACGGUGCAUGGGGGUGUUGUGGCGACGUUGUUGGAUGAGGCGAUGUCGUUGGCGGUUGCGGCGCAUUCGGGGGGUGAUUCGAGUACGGAUAACCCGCGGGGGAAGAUCUAUACGGCACAGUUGGAUGUGAGAUAUAAGAGGCCGUUGCUAGUGCCUACGGUGGCCAUGGUUAGGGCUAAGGUGGUUGCCAGACUAGGAAGGAAGUACUGGGUGCGCGCGCAGAUUGUACAGGAAGAGAAGGUUGAGGAUCCCAAGCAGAUGCAUCUGGAGUGGUCGAGGAGAAAGGUGGUUACUACGGAUGCGAUGGCAUUUUGGUUGCAGACCAAGUCUAAUCUAUGA